AUGGAUGAGGCAAAGUCACUACAUAAGAAUUUUACAAAAUUAGUCGGGAAAGUUAGAACUCAGUCUCUGUUCUCUCAUAUGGAGAAAAAGUUUUUUGAUGUUGAGAAUUCAGCUCUUACUUGUAUGCCUACAAAAGAUGAGGUUUGGGAGGGGGUUGUGAGGGACCUCGGCUCUAAAAGUUCUCUAUGUUGGGAUGGUUUCGGGGGAUAUGUUUUUCUAAGGAUGUCGGGAUUUCAUUAA